AAAUGAUAUGGGCCUAUGUCAUUCCACCACAUCAUGAGUCCACCACCUCCCAACCUCACUCAUGAUGAGUAUAACAUCGCCUUCAUCUGCCCAACGGGCAUCGAGCUAGCCGCCGUCGAGGGAAUGCUGGACGAACUCCACCCAGCCCUCCCUUCCACCAUCGAUAAGAACAGCUAUACCUAUGGCCGCAUAGGCACACACAAUAUAGUAGUGGCGGUACUCCCAGAAACGUGCAACAAUCAAGCCGCAUCUGUCGCAACACAACUCAACAACGACUUCCGAUCUCUCCGAUUUAGUCUAAUAAUCGGAACUGGCGGCGGGAUCCCAGACCUUGCCAACGAUAGAGAUACUCGCCUGGGCGAUGUGGUGGUCAGCAAGCCGACUGAAACAUUCGGAGGCGUAGUGCAACUUGAUCGCGGCAAGUCUCAUGCUCAUGGUCGAUUCGAGCGAACGGGGAUCCAGCAGAGACCGCCGGAUAUUCUCCUGUCUGUGGUGCAAAGGUUGAACGCUCUGCAUAUGCGCGUCGACACUCGUAUUCCUGUCUUCGUGGACGAAAUGCUCGCGAGGUAUCCGAAGAUGAUGAAGCGCAACUACGCCUAUCAGGGACAGGAAAAUGAUCAGUUGUUCCACAUGGACUGUGAACACGCCGGCGGCAAAGACUGUGGGCACUGCGAUAUGAACCAGGUCAUUGGACGUGUGCCGAGGGAUGACUCGAUUCCAGUGAUUCAUUACGGAACGAUUGGGUCGUCGAAAACUCUCCUCAGAGACAGUGUGAGAAGAGAGGUCCUGAAAGCCGACUUCGAUAUUCUAUGCGUUGAGACCGAAGCAGCGACUCUGAUGAACGAGAUCCCUUGUCUGGUUGUCUGUGGCAUCAGUGACUAUGCAGAUUCACACAGUAACACGAAUUGGCGGCCAUAUGCUGCUGCUACGGCUGCUGGGUAUGCAAAGGAGUUGCUAUCUCUAAUCCCUGCUUUGAAGAAGCCUUCGACUGAUAAUGUAGAAGUGGCAUCGUUUGCACCGAGACAACAAGCUCCCGCGAUUCGAACGUCUAACAUGGGAAAAUUGAUCCAUGGGCCGGUCGCUGGCGAUUUCAUAGCAGGGAGCAAGCUUUUUAGCGAUGGGAUCUAUCAUGAUGGCAGAAUAGGGCGGUGGGUAUAUAAUUGAUGAUUGAAAUUCUCAGUACGAUGUCAGUGAUCAUAAUGACAUGUGUUGAUGAGUACCUGAUCAGGCGAUGGAGGUGGAUAGAUCAACGAGUUGCGUGGGAGUGAAGUAUCAGAUACUCCACUUACACAUUUGCACUAGUGUACGCAUCAGAUUGU